UUCUCUUGCAACCCUAACUCUUAUCAUAGACGGCUCUCCAUUCAAGUCCUAUAUAUCAUUCUCUGACCAAUGACUCAGAGAAGAUUGCAUCCUAGAACAGAAUCCUCUGGAUCCUUGGCCAAAGGAUCUAAUUAGCUUGGCCAAGGAAAAACUAAAUUCUGUUCCAGAGAAAGUAGAGCAAAGAUGAGAUCAAGUAUUGUGCUACUCAGUCUACUGGUACUUGCAUUCAUUAGUCACUCUGCCACUGCUAAAAAACAUCCUCUGGAUCCUCUCUCAGCCUCUGAAAUCAACCAUGUUCGUAAACUAGUCCUUAAGUCAAAGCUAGGUCUCCACAAGAACAUAAGCUUCCAAUAUGUGGCACUGGAAGCACCAGAGAAGGAAGCUGUGUAUGAAUGGAAAUAUGGGUCAUCUUCCCUACCUCCUAGAAAAGCUACUGUGAUUACAAGAAUCCCAGGAGAAACCCACCAGAUUCUUGUAGAUAUCACAUCAAAAGAAGUUGUCUAUGAUGAAGUCUAUCAUGGAUUCGGGUACCCCAUAUUCACAUCAGAGGAGCAAGUUAAAGCCUAUGAGUUGCCCAUGGAGUAUCCUCCAUUCAUAGAGUCCAUAAGAACCAGAGGCCUAGAUAUGAAAUCAGUUGUUUGCAACACUUUUUCUGUUGGAUGGUUUGGGGAAAAGAAGCAAGGCAAGAGAGUCAUCAAUGUCCUGUGUUUUUAUACCAAUGGAACAGUCAACAUAUAUGCCAGGCCCAUUGAAGGUAUUACAGUAGUUGUAGAUUUAGAUCAAAUGAAAAUCACUGGGUAUAUAGAUAGGAUAAAAGUCCCAGUGCCAAAAGCCCAAGGAACAGAUUACAGGGAAUCAAUUCAAAAGCCUCCAUUUGGGCCCAAAACAAACCCCAUUUCAAUUGAGCAGCCUGAGGGGCCGAGCUUUAAAGUCCAUGGUCAUAUGGUGGAGUGGGCUAAUUGGAAAUUCCAUGUUGGGUUUGAUUUGAAAGCAGGGCCUGUUAUUUCUACAGCAGAUGUUUAUGACCCAGAGAAGAGAAGAUUCAGGAGUGUCAUGUACAGGGCUUUUAUUUCAGAGCUGUUUGUUCCUUACAUGGAUCCUUCUGAGGAAUGGUACUAUAAAACUUAUUUUGAUAAUGGGGAAUUUGGUCUCGGGCUAAGCUCAGUUUCUUUGCAGCCAUUGAAUGAUUGUCCAAGACAUGCACAUUACAUGGAUGCAAUCUACGCAGGAGCUAAUGGAAAACCAGUUGUGAAGGAGAAUGUUUUCUGCAUAUUUGAAAGAUAUGCUGGAGAUGUUUCAUGGAGGCAUACAGAAACAGGGAUUCCAGACUUAGUGGUAACAGAAGUAAGACCAGAAGUAACAUUAGUGGUGAGAAUGGUUGCCACAGUGGGAAAUUAUGAUUACAUUCUUGACUGGGAAUUCAAGAAAAAUGGAGCAAUUCAUGGCAAUGUGGGACUCUCAGGAAUCCUCGAGUAUAAAGCCACAAGCUACACACACCUUGACCAAAUUCAAAAAACAAAUGAAGAUAUAUAUGGAAAUUUACUAGCAGAGAACACAAUUGGCACAUUCCAUGAUCAUUUUCUCACAUUCUAUUUGGAUAUGGAUGUGGAUGGCGUUGAAAAUUCAUUUGUGAAAGCCAUGAUAAAGAGGAAGGAUGUUACAAAUGGUCAAUCUCCAAGAAAGAGUUAUUGGACAGUUGAAAAAAUGGUUGCCAAGAAAGAAGAUGAUGCUAAAAUCCAAUUUGAUUUGAAAAAACCAGCAGAUCUACUAGUUAUCAAUCCCAACAAAAAAAGUAAAGUUGGUCAAGAUAUUGCAUACAGAUUGGCUCCCGGAUCAAUUGCAACAAGUCUUCUAUCAUUAGAUGACUAUCCACAAAUUCGAGCAGCUUUUACCAAUAACCAGGUGUGGGUUAGUCAAUAUAAUCGUACUGAGCAAUGGGCUGGUGGAGAUUACAUGGAUCAAAGUCAUGGAGAUGACACAUUAGCAGCGUGGACAAACAAGAAUCGAGAUAUUGAGAACAAGGACAUAGUGUUGUGGUAUACUAUGGGUAUCCACCAUAUUCCAUAUCAAGAGGAUUUUCCAGUGAUGCCAACACUAUCAGAAGGAUUUGAGUUAAAGCCAACAAAUUUCUUUGAAAGAAACCCAAUUUUAAAAUUAGAAUCUAUGAAUGCAUCAUCAUUGCCUAAAUGUAAAAAGGUUGGUUAGUGCAUGCAGUCCUUAAGAUGCAUAAAUAAGAUGGACUUGGGGGAUGAACCUUUUUCUUGAAUAAUAUCUUUAAUAGAUGGAUUAAUAUUUAUUAUA